AUGCGUGUCUCAGCUGCAAUUGCCGCAAUCACUGUUUUUGGAAUUGGUAUGUUGAUGGUUCAUAAAGGACUUUGGUUUCUCCAAAUGAAACAUUCGUACUGCAAAUCUGACCAUAGAUUAUCUUCAACUGCCUUGGAAAAUGAAUUGAACGCAAAACUGUGCUUGCAACUUCUUGUCAAUUUGUGCGAUUGCAUUCUCACCUAUGCCAUGGGACAACCAAAUAUUUUCUUCUCUUAUGACGAAAUUGGAAAGGAUUUUCUUAGCUCCUGGAAAUCCAUGUCAAUGGCAGAAGAUGAUGCAAUUGACUUUGGCUUUGACAAUGUUUCUAAAGGAAAAAAGAAGACAUUUGACUUUGAAAAACUGGACAUGAAUUUUAAUCUGGGUGGUGAGUUUGACAAGAUAUCAUCAUUUAAGUUGGACAUGUCAGAUCUUGAUUUUACAUGCCCACCAAAGAAGAAUUCCCAGUCUAAGGAUAAGAAAGGAGAACUUUCUGGUGCAAAGGCAGGGAAGCAAGACGAGUUUAAUUUUAGCUUUGAUUUUAAUGAGUAA